AAAGAAAAACCAUAACCACCACUCUAGUGAGAACUGAGAAGUAUCUUCUCCAACAGAAAUUCAAAACCAACAAAUUCUUCUCAGCAAAUCUUCCAUGUUCGCCCAAGGAAUUUCUCCCACCAUGCCAACCAUUUCCUCUCCUAUAAGCUUCAACACACCCAUGGCCAUCUCCUCCAUGGUCGCCAACAGAGCCACGGCUCUUUCUCCACCGUCGCAGCAGCAAAGAAGAAGAACCAUGUCCGCUCUCGAAGCUCGAAUCUCCCUCGUCUUCGCUCUCGCUUCGCAAACCUCAUCAGUCUCUCUGCGACUUUUGGCGGAUUUGGUGACUGAGACCUCGAAAUACGUGUUUCCGAAAAGGUUCGAGUCACGGACUCUCGAGGAAGCUCUGAUGUCAGUUCCGGAUCUUGAGACUGUGAAUUUUAGGGUUCUGAGCAGGACGGACCAGUACGAGAUUAGGGAAGUUGAGCCUUAUUUUAUAGCGGAGACGACGAUGCCGGGGAGAACUGGUUUUGAUUUCAAUGGAGCAUCUCAGUCUUUCAAUGUCUUAGCUGAGUACCUGUUUGGUAAGAACACAACAAGGGAGAAGAUGGAGAUGACCACUCCGGUUAUAACGCGAAAGGCUCAACCUAAUGGGGAGAAAAUGGAAAUGACAACUCCUGUAAUAACAAAGAGGGUCGAAGAUCAGGAUAAGUGGCAGAUGUCUUUUGUCAUGCCCUCAAAGUAUGGUGGUGACUUGCCACUGCCCAAAGAUCCAUCUGUGAGGAUCAAGGAGGUUCCAAGAAAAACUAUUGCGGUUGUUGCAUUUUCAGGUUUUGUUACUGAUGAAGAAGUUAGGCAAAGGGAAAACAAAUUACGAGAAGCGCUGAAGAAUGACAGAAAAUUUCAAGUGAAGGAGGGCACCUCGGUGGAAGUUGCACAGUAUAAUCCCCCAUUUACGCUUCCCUUUCAACGGCGUAAUGAGAUUGCACUGGAAGUUGAAAAAAGAGAGGAGUAGCUGUUAUUAGGAGGUUUAAAGUUUCAAUUUGAUAACUAUAGUAAAUUAAGUAGUUGGAGACCUGCCAAAUCAGGUUUUACCAUGUAGAUCUUCAUGUGGUGUUACUAAGCAUAUCUUUAUGUACUAGAAUUUGAGAGAUAGUAAUUUUGUAGAGUCAUUAAAGAUGCAUCUUAUUUCAUAACUGAAAUACAAAAAUGUAUAGAUAGA